CUCCUCGCAUCAAAAGCCCUAAUCUCCCAAUUUCAAUUGCGAUCAAAUUUGUUCAGAGGGAAAAUCCGAUAUCUUACGGUGAUCGAACGUUAUUAAAACUUUUACAAGAUCAUUCUAUAAAAAACUAUCGAUGAGAUUCAGAAAAGGAAGCAGAGUUGAGGUUCUAAACCUCAAAGAGACACCUUAUGGUGCGUGGCGAACAGCCGAGAUUCUUUCCGGUAAUGGUCACACCUACACCGUUCGUUAUUACUCCUUCGGCCUUUCAAAAGAUACUCUCUUGGAGGAGAGAGUUGCAAGGAAGAUGAUCAGGCCUUGUCCUGCUCUAAUUGAUGUUGACAGGUGGCAAUCUGGUGAAGUAGUUGAGGUUCUUGAUGACGUUUUCUGGAAACCCGCUACAGUCGUAAAGGAGUUGUCUGGAAGAUACUAUGUGGUUCGGUUACUUGGUGGUGGUGCCUCCGUGGAAGUUACGGUUCAUAAAGUUAACCUUAGGGCUCGACAAGCUUGGCAAGAUGAAAGAUGGGUUAUGAUCUCGCAGGUGUCUUGUUCUGUGAAGUCCUCGACUUUGACUGGAUCUGAUGUAAUAAACAAGAAUGUUAAGCCACGUGUUGUUUCUAUAAGACUGGUGAAGAGACCUUCACCCUGUAAAUCUGCUGAAUCUUGCACGGGAAGAAGUCCUAAGAAGAUGAGAUUGGUGGAGGAAGGUUCUGCUGCUGUUGUCAGGGUAAGAUCAAAAAGGUUUAGUAGUGCUGAUACUAGUGAUGCUUCUUCGGUUGGUAGUUGUAGUCCGAUUAGAUAUGAUGAGAAUGAUGAUACGUCAACUUCUUUGAUAGAUGUUUCUUCUAGCCAAGACGCAGACUCUUAUAGUAGUGAUGCAGAAUCUUCAAAAGGAUGCAGGGAAGAAGCUACGCUGGAACAUUCAUUGAGAAGCUCAUGUAGGCCUGAGCUAUCCACAUACCGUGUUACACUGAGGAAGUUAUUUGAUCAAGGCCCGUUAAACUGGGACAAGGAAGCAUCACUAACGGAUCUCCGACUUUCUCUUAAUAUCUCAACUGAUGAGCAUUUGAUGGAGAUAAGAAACCUAACGUCUGCUGGUGGUGGUAUUACUUCGCUGCAAUGUGGAAUCAGCUGUUACAUAUUUUUCUUUUCCAAGAGGGGUCUUAUAGUGAUCUGUAUAGACAACCUGAAAUGUAUGUUUGGAAACUUCAAUCCUUAUUGUGAUGUUCUUCUUCUUAUAGUCAGCUUAAUUUUCUUUUGUUUUAAUUUUGGGAUAAUGAACUAUGAAAAGUUACAGUAUAUACGCUGGAGGAUUGAGUUUUUUUUUUGUGUUGUCUUUUAUUGAUUCAUGCUUUAGAUUCCUGUGCAUAAGCCUUUUUUCUCAUAUUAUUGGUUGGAUUAUGGAACUUCCCCUACAUUUUUCAGGAACAGUGUAGCAAUGCCGGGUGCCUGCAGAUUUUUCUUGCUUGCUUGGUUCUAGAGAUCUUAUUCAGAUGCAUUGGGUUUUACCGAAUCGUGCAAAACACGAUGCCCUCUUCUUCCUCAGAUACAUAAGUUUAAAUUGUGUUAUGUUUUUCAUUUCGGUUAUGCAUAACUGAUCUGUUGCAGGUGUUGUUGGAUCACCUCUGUUCACAGGCGCACUUGAAUCUGUUCGUAUUCUAAGGAGAAAUUACACGGCUGCUUGGAUAAGUUCGGUGAUUAUUGCAGGUGUGUUACGUAUCUUUCUCAUGAUAUCUCUUCUAAACACCCUGACUCGCGGAGCUGUCCAUUUUUGUUAAUUUGUGGCAUGUGUACCAGUUCAAUACUGCUCCAUUGUGAACUUCAACAGUGAGAAGAGAAGGAAGAAGUAGGCCGGAAGCUCCUGCUUUAUCGGCUUGGCCCAAAAGCAGGCUCUGUAUUCAUAUAUAUAUUCAACCUUUGAUCCAUGGUUUAGUCAAUUGUUCCAAUCUGUUUACAACAUUUAAUAGAGGCUGAUAAACUGGUGAUGUAAAUACGUUAAAUGAAAAGAUGGUCAUCUUUUAAGAAAAUAAAAUUUCCGAUAAAU